GGAGAGGAGAGGAAUCGUGCUGUCGUCGCCAUUUUGUAUUUGUACAUCGAGCAAGCCUGAGAAUCGAACGUCUCGUUAGCAGCUAUUUUUAUAAAGCACUAAUAGUGCUACGUGACCAUAGUUUUUCAUAAAUAUGUGCUCGGAUUCGUACGUGAGGUGAUUGCCUUCAAACUUCAGAUUAUCAUCAACAGUUGCGUGUUAUCGGUGUUAAUUAUUCUGUGCUUUGCAGUGAUGUGCGGUUGAAGAUAGUGGUAUGCUGAGAGAAGCGACAAGUGUCGUGCAGCAAGAUGUCGAAGGAAAUCGCGGACGAGUACGCGUCGAGUCUUGCGGACCUGACUGUGAACAGCAAGCCGCUGAUCAACAUGCUGACUAUCCUGGCCGAGGAGAACAUCGACCACGCGGGGGUUAUCGUUGAUACCGUGGAGAAGCACUUGGAGAAGGUCCAAGCGGACAUCAAGCUGCCUGUGCUCUAUUUAGUAGAUUCCAUCAUCAAGAAUGUUGGCGGCGCCUACGUGCAGAAGUUCUCUCAGAUCAUUGUUAACAUGUUCACUAGGACUUUCAAGCAGGUGGAUGAGAAAGUCAGAUCACAGAUGUUCAAGCUGCGUGAAACGUGGCAUGACGUCUUCCCGGCCACCAAACUUUACCAGCUGGAUGUUAAAGUGAAUCUGAUUGAUCCGGCUUGGCCGAUACAAGCACAGCCACAGCAGUCUACCAUCCAUGUAAAUCCCAAUUUUCUGAAAAAGCCCGCUGCUUCCGCUACCACAAGCGCCCCCUCCGCCAAAGAGGAGGAGAAGAUGAAGAUGAUCCUCGCCAAGAAGGAGCAGGAGCUGCUGAUGCUGCAGCAGAAGAAGAUUGAGAUUGAGCUGGAGAAGACCAGGCGGGCGCUGGAGAUCGCCGCGGCUACUAAUACUAAGAUGCCAGCGAUCCCGGCGGUAGUGCCCAACAUGCCCGUGGCGCUCGUGAACCCCGUGAUGGCGCCCGUUCCCGAGGCUCCGCCGGUCUCCAUCAAGCAGCGCUUGGGCCCGCCCGUCAACAAGGCGCCCUCCGGCGCUCGCAUCGCGCCCGUCAGCGCCGCGCUCGCCUCCGCGCGCCGCGACCCCCGUCUCGCGCGACGACAACAACAACAACAACAACAACUACCACCACCCCCUGCGGCUGUGCCGGUACCCACCCCCGCCCCGGCCAUGCUACCGACCCCAGUGGUGCCGACUCCCGCGCCCAUAGCACCAAACGUGUUCGACAUCAAACCCCUCGAGCGCGCUGUCACUAAACGAAAGAAUGUCAUCACUAUAGAUGUGCGUCCAGAUGCGGCGCGCCGCGAUCCGCGCCUGGAUAAAAAAACAGAGAGACGCGAGAAACAGCAGAGACUCGAGGCGCGCCGCGAGGAGGAACUCAGACGCCGCGCCUUGCGCGAAGCGCGUCGCGAACGCAAAAACGAAGUCAAACCCGUCGAGGAAGAGAAAAUCGAGGAAAAAUACCCAGAAAUGGACAUAGACAAACUCCAAAUCGCCGACGCGAAAAGGAUCAGCAAACUACCGCCGAUCCCCAAAAUCAAAAGGGACGGCAAAGACGAGAAGAGAGAGAAAAACGCGGCGCGUCUCGAGAAAAAGAAAAAGCGGGAAAAUGGCGGAAGCAGUAAGGAGAGCUCGGCCAGCUCUUCGCCCGAAAAGAAACCUAAACACAAGAAGGAGAAAAAGGAGAAACCGGUACCGGAGGAGCAGGAAGUAGUGGCGUUCAAGGAAUUGAAGAAUUAUCACCCGGAGCGGUACCGCAACCGGGCGCGCUCGCCCAGCCCCGAGCCCGCCCCGGCCGCGCCCCGCGACACAAAUGAGGCGGCGGAGAGCAAAGACGUGGACCUGCGAGUGUUGCCUGCGGUCCAGGCUGAGAAGGCGGCGCCCGUCGCACAGAAACGGUCGUCGACUGAGCUGCUGGAGGGCAAACCGAAGAAGAACAAGAUUGAUAAGUUUGACAGACUAUUCGGCAACGAAGACGUCGACCUCCGCCAACUGCCUCAAGUGGAAGAAACCGCCGGUUCCCCCAAAGCGGACAGCGGAGUGUUCACUCAAGAGUCACCACACGUGUCGCCUAAGAAAGACUGGAAUGAGGUUAAAGAGAGAGAGGAGACGAAGAAAACCCCUUCGAAGUUGGAUCUGGUCAGGGCGAAGUUGGCCGAAGCGACUAAAGGAAAAGAUAGGCUGGGAAGACCGUUCCUGUUCAGCAAAUCACCAAGUGUGGAAAAAGAAAGGCGGCGUACCAUCAGCUCAGAAGACGUAGACUUAAGACUUGAGAACCCAGAGGAAUUUGACUGCGAAGACAACAAGAAAACCAUUUCCAUCAUCAUGAAUCAAGCCAAAGAACAAUUCAGUGAUGGAAAACUAGAUAAGAAUCAGUAUAACACGCUCAUGUUCCAAGUUUUACAGCUAAAUGAGAAGCUGAAGCUUAAGGAAGCGAAGCAAAGAGAAUCCCUAGAGAUUUCCAAGAGAAAACUACACGCUCAUGUAGAAAACAAUAAGGUGCCAAGUCCAAAAUCGUCUCCGAAAGGAAAUAACUUCGGGGAUAUAGAUGAGAGAGUAAUACCAGGUCCAUUCGUCGAGCCAGACGGACCGCCUGAAAUGAAUUUCAUGCAAGAUUCUGAUAUGAGAAUGAUGGAGGGACCUUCGAAGGGUCUGCUCCCCCGGCCGCCGAUGAUGCCCAUGUUCGCGGGACCCGGACCUCAGCCCGUCUGGCGCGGGCCCUUCAGACCAAGAUUAGACGAGUUCGCGAGAAGACCUAGAGGCGUAGUCCCACCGUUUUUCAGAGGAAAGUUCGAUAAGCGGGCGCCGCGAGCUCCAUUCGAGCCUCGCCUGCCUUUCCCGGCUCCUCAGAUGCAACUUCCGACGCCACAAAUGGGCAACUUCCAGGGCGAAUGUCCCUUAGAACCUUACGAACGUUCUGGAACUCCACCACCUCUCGGCGCUCCGGGCAUCAUCAUCCCACCGACCAACAUUCAAGCUUUGGAAUUCGUUGACCAAGACCCAGUAAAGACAAUCCAAAUCGAUGGAAUCCCCAGAGAGAUCAGAUUCUAUGGAGAAACUGCUAUUAUCAUGAUGGAUUGGGACGAUCCCCGAGAAAUUAAGUUCCUUCCUGGCAGUAGGCGGGUCACGUUCGAUAACAAAGAUUCUAUAGUCCUAAACUUUAAUGACGAUUACAAGCAAGUUGAGAUCGAUGAUCAAGUGUUUGACAUUAGAUUCGGAGCUCCGACACGGGAGUUAUUCAUAAAUGGGAGAUGGCAUGAGUGUUUCUUCGGCGGCGCGCCGCUUGGUGUCAUAAUCGACGGAAAACCUAGAUUAAUCCAUCUCGAAGGCCCACUACCUCAAGUAGAUAUAGGAAAAUUGAAGCGCACAGACCUUGUAGGAGGAAAAAUUAACCUAAUAGUAGACGCUACACAGAUGUGCCCCGUAUUUUUAGACGCUAAAGUCCAAAAGUUCAGUAUUAACAACCAAUUCUUCACCAUACGCUUCGUCGACGCUUUCAGAACAGUUCUGAUCAAUGAGCAGCCUUUCCAAGUUGAGUUCGGAGGCCUACCGAGGCCUAUCUUCAUAGGGAACGAGAAGCAUUUCAUCAGGUUCUCUGUAUUGCCUCGACAUGUAAGGCCGGGGCAUAACCCCCCGCCUGGGAUGCAGGGGGCGGAAGUGGCGCCCAGUGAAGCAGUGGUGCCGGCCAGGGUUGAGAAGAUGGAGACGGAUCCGGAGCCGCCGAGGCCCAAUAAGACGCCGAGCCCGGAUAAUGAAAUGUCUAACCAAGGUGGCCUCGACAUGUUAGCCAGUCUCAUGCCGACCAGCAUGGCGCCGGCCUCGGCCUCGGACUACACCUCCGCCGAGCCCCUCUUCCCCCCCAACCGGCCCAACAACAUCCCCGGCCUCGAAACACCCACCACCGAACAGAAACCCGCUUUCCCUAUCCUUGGGAAUAUAGACGAUUUAUUCGCUAAAUUAGUGGCUACGGGUAUUAUCAAGACGCAGGAAGUUAAAGAGGAGACGAAGGAGAGAGAAGAACCGAGGGUUGAGGAGAAAGUAAAGCCUAGGGAAGAUAGGAAUGUGAUUCACCGGGUGGAUUUGAGCAGGCCGGAGACGUUGAGACAAAAGCAGCCUGCUCUCGUAGCGAAGCUAUACGGCGGCAUGCAGUGCAGCGGCUGCGGCGCUCGCUUCCCGCCGGAGCACACGGUCCGCUACUCGCAGCACCUCGACUGGCACUUCAGACAAAACAGGAGGGAACGGGACUCCGCACGGAGGGCGCACUCCAGACACUGGCAUUAUGAUUUGGCAGACUGGGUGCAGUAUGAAGAACUUGAAGACCUAGAGGAAAGAGAAAAGAGUUGGUUCGAGACCGGCGGCUUGGAGGCCGGCGUGGAGCCUCCUGUGGCCGAGGCGGAGGCGCCCUCCGUGGCCGCCGGAGCGCCCGCCAGGGCCACCUGCGCGCUCUGCGGCGACGCCUUCCUACAGUUUUACAACGAGGACCAGGAGGAGUGGCAUCUCAGGAACUCCGUGCGGCACGAGGAUAAUAACUACCACCCUCUGUGCUUGGAGGAUUACAAGGCGUCGCUCACAAAAGAAGAGCCGCCCAAAGAGGAGACCCCACAAGAGGAGAAGAUGGAGGAGGCCAUCGAGAUCAAGGACGUCGACGAGACGAUCGACAACUCCGACAACGAGUCAGUUGUCGAGGUCGUCGACAACGACAAACCCGUCGAGAUCGAGGACCUGGACGACACGCCGGAGCCCGCUCCUGAACCGCCCAAAGAGGAAGUACCGGAGGAAAUACUAGAAGAUGGCGAUGAAGACGACGUUGUGUUCAAGGCGGAGCCAGUACCAGAGGUGGUGGUAGAGGAUUACGACACGGACGACGAGACGAGCGCGGAACGGAAGCAGCGCGACGAACAGGCCAAGAUCGACUACGAGAACAUACGGAUAAAGCAGGAGCCCGUCGAUCCGGACGACGAGCCAAUAAUAACGGCGGAGGAGGAAGCCAUCCGUGCCGCCCCGGACUCGUCCCUCGCGGCGCUGCUGCCCGCCAUCGACGGCAACGCCGAGCCCGCCGCGCCCGCCGCGCCGCCGCCGCAGCCCAUCCGCAUCAACAUCAGCGCGCCCGCACACAAGCCCGCCUCCGCCAGCCUCGUGGCCACGCCUCCCCGCGUGGAGCCGGAGGAGAGCGACGACGAGCCGCCGCCGCCCGGCGAGGAGCCCGAGCUGUCCUUCACGCUGAAGCCCGAGCUGGAGGGCGUGGCGUUCAGCCGCCAGCCGCCCGUCAACAAGGGCACCGAGCUCUCCGGACUCUGCUCUAUCAUGUGAUGCGUGUGUGCAGUGUUUAAAACGGGAGUCAAUUUUACCAUCUACAGAAUAUAACUUUUGCUGUGCGCGUAUAAACAAAAAUUCAAUAGGUGUGAAAUUUACCAUUUCCAAAAGUAAUUGUAACUUUUGUUAUGUGCUAAAAUAGCUUUGGUAUUUGUUUCUGUGUUUCUUUGGUAAUAUUUUGUGGACUGUAAGAACAGGGAAUUUGUGUUGUCACAAAGUUUUGUUACAGGAAUUAUUAUAAACAUAAUGUAUCACACCUUUAUUUGAGAAAGCUUCACAAUUGGAGUUUAAAUUCUAGAGUAUUUGGCUUGAUAUUCGGAAUCAGCUAUGUAAUACUAUGUGAUUAUGAUUAUAAAUUCCAAAUUAUCAUAAAACCCGUUUUAUAAAAAACAUGAAUAAUCUACCAAUUUGUGAAUACAUUUAGUAACUAUAAAAUGUAUACUUUAACAUUCAUUAUGUAAUGUUGCUGGUAUUAUUAUAAAAUAAUAAUUGUAACUGUUUUAUUUCACACUCAUAAUUUGUAUAUAUGCAUGUAAGAUUUGAAUAGGGCCUGGAUUGUUUAAUGGUUAGAGUUUGACUCUAUAGAAGCUGAAAUUGAAUUUACUUUUAUACUAAUGUGUGAACGAACAUAAGUAGUGAUUGUAUAAUUUUAAUUUAAACAAAAUGUGAUAUUAAAAUUAAGUUUGUGUAUUCUGUUUGAGAUCUAGUUGUGUGCUUCUCGAGUGGUGGGUGUUUAUUUUCUGUACAUAUUGUUAACAUUACAUUAUUAUAUACUUACAACUGACUAUCUUAUUGUUUUCAACAGCUUUUAUUCUUUUCUUACCUGAAUGUAAGCUCCUAUUUGUGAAAAAGAUUUUGAAUCUCUUUUCAUGUAGCCAAUUUUACUUUAUGUAUAUUUGUUUGAAGUAUGUUUCUAUUCGAAACUGCAGGAUGUUAGGUUUAACGAAAUCGUUACCUGUUCUAGUUAGCUUUUGCUCAAACUAUUUUUAAUAAAA